CAAAUACAACUAGAUAUUCCAUUUAAGUAGGACAUAAACAUGUAGACCUAACUUUAAAUAGGGCUGAACAAAGGUAUAUAUACUUAAAUGCAAGUAUUUUCUUCUGAAAUUAAAGGUAAGUUCUCUAGUACUUCAUUUGUUAUAAGUAGCCUAGCCUACUAAAUGUUAAACUUAAUACUUUGAUUCAAAGGGGUUGGGUUAAAUGCGGAAGACACGUUUCAGUUGAAUGCAUUGUUGUACAACUGACUCCCUUUAAUUUGCUUCUUUAAACAGGCCUACUUUUGUACUAACAUUGUUUCUUUGUUUUUUUUCCAUAGGCCUUCUAUAUAUGCCGCAUUCGCGUGCUAGUCGGAGCUAAACUCGGUUAUGUUCAACUUGCUAACUGGUUGAACGCGGUACGCGUACCAUCAGAACCAGUAAAGAAUUCGGAAACAUGCAAGUUCCAACUAGCACGUGAACGCGGCAAUAUUCUCUGCUAUAAAGAGACGGGUUCAUUGCAGGACCAAUGAUCGUGUCGGUUUCGCGGUUGCGCAGUUUACGCGGUGUGUGAUCACCCGCAUGGAUUCCAGCAUCAGUAGGGGAUUGUGAGUAAACGGGAAAGUGCGUCUGUGAGUCCACCUGUUUGGGAAGAAGAGGACAGUUUUACUGGGGACUUGUUCUGAUUGUUUCGAAGCAAUGUCAGCAUUACGGCGAAACGUGCCGUAGGCGACGAGAUCGCUGCUGACUGAUAGCACUCUGCAUUUGUCUAGACUGGCAUUUGAUACCGCCAGAGUGAGCUCCAGUGCCCAACCACUAGCAUUGGCAUCGAUGACUGUAAAACAAUGGAGAGUGUUCCUACCCAGCUGCUCCUCCAGUGACCCCAGGCACCACCUAACUCAGGGAUAGCAUGGGACCCCACCCUGUGUAUCCCCCACUCCCAUCCUUCCUACUCCUCCUCUCCAUCCUCCUCCUCCUGCCCCACCCGGCCACCUCUUCCUUCCAUUCCAAGCCUCAGGUGGUGGAGCGGGCAUCUGUAUCAGGCACCCCAGCUUCCCCAUCUGGUAACACCACAGGGGGCAAGCGGGCGUGCACAGACAAGGUGAUGUGUAGACCUGGCAUUGUGCUGCCUGUGUGGCUACCACUCAGCCCUCCACUGGCGGAGCAGACGGGGAGGGCGAUAGUCUACUUUACCUGCCUCAUGUACAUGUUCCUGGGUGUGUCCAUCAUCGCCGACCGCUUCAUGGCCUCCAUCGAGGUCAUCACCUCCCAGGAGAAAGAGGUGACUAUCACCAAACCCAACGGGGAGACGUCAGUGACCACUGUGCGGAUCUGGAACGAGACUGUGUCUAACCUCACGCUCAUGGCCCUGGGCUCCUCUGCACCAGAGAUCCUUCUCUCUGUCAUCGAGGUGUGUGGUCACAACUUUGACGCGGGUGAGCUUGGACCGGGCACCAUCGUGGGCAGCGCUGCCUUCAACAUGUUUGUGAUCAUCGGAGUGUGUGUGUGGGUCAUCCCCGACGGGGAGUCGCGAAAGAUCAAACAUCUGAGAGUAUUCUUCAUCACAGCCUUCUGGAGCAUCUUCGCUUACAUCUGGCUCUACCUCAUCCUGGCUGUUAUCUCCCCGGGAGUAGUGGAGGUGUGGGAGGCUCUGGUCACUCUGUUCUACUUCCCAGUGUGUGUGAUCUUGGCUUGGAUCGCCGACCGCCGCCUGCUCUUCUACAAGUACAUGCACAAGCGUUACCGUGCCGACAAGCGGCAUGGCAUUGUUGUGGAAACGGAAGGUGACCUGGCGCCCAAGGGGAUCGAUGUAAUCAUGGACGCUAAGUUCUCGGAUAGCAAUUCCACUGCUGGAAACUCCUCUAGUGUCUGCACAGUCUCUGUUCAGACAGGCAAGGAGCUGGACCAGAACAGAGAUGAGGUGGUACGCAUACUGAAGGACCUGAAGCAGAAGCACCCGGACAAAGACCUGGAGCAGCUUAUCGAGAUGGCCAACUACUCAGCUCUGGUGCAGCAGAGGAAGAGCCGCGCCUUUUACCGCAUCCAAGCCACACGCAUGAUGAUCGGUGCCGGCAACGUGCUCAAGAAGCAUGCCGCCGAGCACACGCGACGCAAAGCCGCCGCAACGGAGUGUGGAGCCCUGGAGAAAGAGGACAGGGCCACGUGCACCCACCUGUCCUUUGAGCGUUCCCAGUACCAGUGCACAGAGAACUGUGGUACCCUGAGCCUAGCAGUGAUCUGUGAGGGUGGCAUGGGGCAGCACACCUUCUAUGUGGACUACCACACGGAGAAUGGCUCGGCAAAUGCCGGGGCGGACUAUGAGUUUAGCGAGGGGACGCUGGUGUUCAAACCAGGGGAGAGUCGGAAGGAGAUUAAGGUGGGCAUCUUGGACGACGACGUCUUCGAGGAAGACGAGCACUUCUUUGUGCGGCUGCAGAAUCUCCGUCUGGAUGAGGGCGGCAACGAGGUUUCACUGGGAACGCCGCCCAAGGGCCGGCUGGUGGAGCCGUUAGUUGCCAUGGUUACCAUCCUGGACGACGACCACGCCGGCAUCUUCACGUUCGGCCAGCGCAUGCUGCGAGUGAGCGAGAGCUCCGGUACGAUGGUGGUGACGGUGGUGCGGAACUCUGGCUCGCGGGGCACCGUGAUGUUGCCCUACCGCACUGAGGAUGGCAGCGCCCGUGCCGGCAUGGACUACGAGGAGACCAAGGGCGAGCUUGAGUUCUCCAACGAACAAACCAGUCAGACUCUACAGGUACGCAUUGUAAAUGUGGAGGAAUAUGAGAAGCAGGAAAACUUCUUCAUUGUGCUGGAUGAGCCCAAAUGGCUAAAGCGAGGAAUCUCAGCUCUGCUGCUCAACCAGGGGAACCCUACUCCAGAAGAGGAGGACGCCAGACGUAUCUCAGAGAUGGGGAAGCCCAUUCUAGGGGAGCACAGCAGGCUAGAGGUCAUCAUAGAGGAGUCCUACGAGUUUAAGAUCCGACAGGGAAUGACUCCAAAUGGGAUACUAGACCCGAGCACCGUGGACAAACUCUUGAAGGACACCAAUCUGGCUGUGGUGAUUGGAACUCAUUCCUGGAGAGAACAGUUCAUUGAGGCAGUCACAGUCAGUUCAGGAGGUGACGAGGAAGAGGGAGUGGAGCGGCGAAUGCCCAACUGCUUCGACUACUUCAUGCACAUUGUGACAGUUUUCUGGAAGAUUCUGUUUGCCUGCGUGCCACCUACCGAGUACUGGAAUGGCUGGGCCUGCUUUGUGGUGUCCAUCAUUGUCAUUGGCUUACUAACCACCGUCAUCGGGGACCUGGCCUCCCACUUCGGCUGCACCGUGGGCCUCAAAGACAGUGUCACUGCUGUGGUGUUUGUGGCUCUGGGCACCUCCAUCCCUGACACCUUUGCCAGUAAAGUCGCUGCCACCCAGGACCAGUAUGCCGACGCGUCGGUGGGCAACGUGACGGGUAGCAAUGCAGUCAACGUUUUCUUGGGCAUCGGGGUGGCGUGGUCCAUCGCUGCCAUCUACUGGGAGACCAAAGGUCAAACUUUCCGCGUGGACCCCGGCUCACUGGCCUUCUCGGUCACGCUCUUCACCAUCUUCGCCUUCAUCAACAUGGGGGUGCUGAUGCUCCGCCGCCGGCCAUCUGUAGGGGGAGAGCUGGGGGGGCCCAAAGUCACCAAGGUGCUCACCACCCUAUUCUUCUUUGGCCUCUGGUUCAUCUACAUCCUCUUUUCCAGCCUGGAGGCCUACUGCCAUGUAAAGGGCUUCUGAGGGAGCACAGGGCUAGAUAGGUAGAUGGGUAGAUUGAGAAACUCACACAUGCAUACAGACACACACACAUGCGCAUACAUGCUUGCACGCACACAUACACACACAUACACACAUACACAUCAUCAUCAUCAUCAUCAUUGCCACUGCAACGACACAUCUUCGACAUCUAGCAGAAGAUCCACUACCAGGAGUAAUGAUGCAAAUGUCUAUUUUCUGUACUCACUGCUCACAGAGAGAAUGUCAGACACUCUCUCUCUCUCUCUCUCUCUCAUACACACACACACACACACACACACACACACACAAAAUGUAGGGUGUAGAAGAAAAUGUAGAAGGAAAAGCUGGUUAUUAGUAGAGGAAUGUGGUGGUGAUGGACUAUGUGAUGAUCACAAUCACAGGAUGCUAAUAUGCCUGGUAUAGAAAGUGGAGGGGACACCGUGCAAAGACACUCUUUAAAAUAGGCUGCUCAGGUUAAGAGGAAAGAUAUGGAUGGAGUGUGAAGUCUGGAUCUUGACACCACCGUAGACCACAUCAACAUGAUUCUGGUCUGAGUCUGUCUGGGCCUCAGCUCCUGAGGUCUAGGUAUAGUUUUACAGUUUUGGACCAGGCCAUGAUCUUUGGUAGUCUCUCAACUCACGUGGUCAAGAUCUGUCACUGAAUACCAUCUCUUGUCAGAGUUAUUUGGCCAUGUAGCUCUUGUCCAUCGUGCAACGACAACAGCGAGUUACCUCUUCAGAGGCAACUCGUUGUUGUCAUCACGCGAUGGACCAGAGCUAGUGGCCAAGUAGGACUGACACAACACUGAGGGGACACCUUGUUCUGCAUGCCUUGCCGGCGGCAAAGUAUCAGCACCCCAAUGUUAAUUCCCUAAUGUGGGAGCCGGGUAGGAAUGCAAUGGCUAACACUUAGGUGGACCCAUUGUGCAAAACUGUUUGAAAUUAUAUAAUUUCAAUCAGUGUUGCCCACUGGGGAAGAUGCCUUAUUUGACUGUAAGGUCAAAUAAGAGUUUUGGUUUGAGUCUAGGUCUUCAUCUUGCUGCUUAUGGCCUACCUAUAUUAGUUGAACGAGGGCACUACGGUGGCUGAUCCAGAUAAACUUGAUGAACAGAACAAUGUAAACUACACAUGGCAGAUAAGCAUCUCCCUUUCUCCCCUUUUGUCCUGUUUGGCUCAAUGGAUACAGCUGCCUCCGACACCCACAAUAACCUCUUCCCCAGCUUUUGUAUUAUACAUUCCCUCUUGGAAAUAGUUGUAUCUCUAUUCCCUAUUAUGUCAUCUUGUGGCAAGAGGUGAAAUGCUAAUAUAAUUCGCCUAUCCCCUUUCAUUUGGGCUCACCCCAGUCUUCAUAGCAACAACAACCAAAGACUAUGGGCUCAAUGCUGUUUAGUAGCAUGCUAUUGCAUGCUGUUUAAAAAUUCUGAGAAGCUGCUAUGACAUGAAAUACUGUAAAUUAUAGAGAAAUAACUGAGUAUCUGCCAUUUAGAGUGACAAUGUGACAGAGAUAAUUCAUCCAACUCAAAAUGAGUAGUCUUAUCAUCAAUUUAUUUAUGAAUUUUGUCAUUAAAUGUAUGUAUAUUUUAAUGUAAGAACUUACAUGCACAAGAAAUGACAUUGUAAUUUAUUUCAAGUUGUAACAAUUACAUUGAAAAUGUAUCACAGUUCUCAGUCUCUGUUUGAUCAAUCUCCUAUUUUAUUGUAAUAUUUUAAUUAUUUUGAUGCCUAAGAUGUGAGAUGUGUCUCAGUGUCUGUGGCCUAUGGAAGUUUCUGCUGGAGCCAAUGUCUAUGGCUGGAGCGAGCUCAAUAUUGGACUAAAGGAGCAUAAUGUUACUCCUUAGUCCUAGGACCACACAUGUUCUGGUUAAAGGGCAAAUUGGCUCUGGAAGCCAAAACAGCGAAAUACUCCAUCUAAAUGUGAAUCGAUUCUCAAUUGCAGUAUAGUCCUAGAAACAUAAAUCCCUCUACUUUCAUAUCACAUCAAAAUUAUUUCACAAAUGCAAAAUACACACUUACUUUUAAUCUAUUUUUAACACAGUUGCAGCUGACAGUAUUUUUCAGUGACAAUAUGUUUGUGUUGUCUGUCUUCUGUUUACACACAGGUGUUCAGAGAAUCAGAUAGCUAAUUAGCACAGGUAGUCCACACCAAUCUUCCCUCUAAACUGCGUGCGUGCGCGGGACUGCCAUACGAAGGAAAUAUAACCGCACACAGAGAAGCACAAGAUUGAACUUCACUCAAAGUUCUAAUUUUCCCCCUUAGUUAACACUAUCAAUGUUUCCCAUUACUGUUGGAGUUGUGAUAGAAUAAACACAAUAUUAACCAUCAAUGUAACAUACUGAAACAAAACCAACGAUGCAAGAAUAGUAGGCAGAACGUAUUGUGGCAGGAUUCUAUUGCAUUAACAUGCACGACACUGUACUCUACACAGACCUGUGCGGCUUAACGAAUCAGAACUCUAGUAAGUCUACAGUUGAAGUCAGAAGUUUACAUACACCUUAGCCAAAUACAUUUGAAAUCAGUUUUUCACAAUUCCUGACAUUUAAUCCUAGUAAAAAUCCCUGUCUUAGGUCAGUUAGGGUCACCACUUUAUUUUAAGAAUUUGAAAUGUCAAUAAUAUUUGUCAGAAAUAAUGUCAGAAAUUAUUUAUUUCAGCUUUUUAAUCCAUUCCUCCUGACAGAGCUGGUGUAACUUAGUCAGGUUUGUAGGCCUCC